AUGCUAGAGGAGCGACCUUCUGAAGGGUCCAAUGCAGAUGUUGAGGAUGUUUCGUUCGAGACCGGCAUUGUGACUGAUGAAUCUGUUCGUCCUCUUAUUGCUGCUCUGAGAAAGCUUUUCCUUGAAACCAGCCCAGAAGCUGAUAUAAGUAUAAGUAGUGUGAUAAAUCCGAGUUCUUUACUGCGUAGCGUUUGUUCCAAGGCUCCCCAGUUUAGGGGAUUUCUGCAACAUGAUAGUCAUGAAUUUCUUCGAUGUUUGCUCAAUGGGUUGAACAAUGAAGAAUUGAGUGAAAAAAAGCACAAUAAUUCAUCUCAGGACGAUUGGAAGUCUACCAACACAGAUCGCACAUUUGUGGAUGCUAUAUUUGGUGGAAAACUUUCUAGCACAAAUUCCCUAUCUAACAAGAUUGUGAACUCUACCUGUCUUGCAGCUGAUAAUUUGGCAAAAAUAAUGUUGCAGCUCUUUAUUUCUGUUAGGCUCGAUUGGUUUAUUGGAUUUAUGUCCACUGGUUUGGUGGCUGGCAGCUGGGAAGAUGUUGGACCAGGUAUAUUGCUUUUGCAUGGAAAACCUCCUUGGGCAUAUAAUGAUACUGCUUCGAUUACUGUCAAAAACUUAAUGGAAUGGAAGAAGUACUUGCCUCGUGUUGAUAACGCCUCCGUUGUUCUGCUCGAAGUGUGCACUGAGAGGGGCGAGUACGAGUAUCGUCUGAUUGGAUUGGUGGAGCAUUUGGAGACCAUGAGAGGUGGCCACUACGUUGCGUAUGUAAGAGGAGGUGCCAAAGGUGAGAAUGGAGAUUGCGUGUGGUAUCAUGCCAGUGAUGCUUAUGUGCACGUGGUUUCCUUGGAAGAAGUUCUUCGCUGUGAAGCCUACACUUUAUUUUAUGAUCAAACUUGA